UUGAGUGAUUCGAAUCUAAAACAAGGUGUGAGAAUAGAAUUAGGAAGAAUACCUGACGAUGUUUUUCUCAAUGAAUCUCCGAAGUACGGUGAUUUGUACGAAACAUAUAACUGGACAAGAAUUAGAAGAAAUUUAUGCGUCAAAAAAGCAGAAAUUAUGGAUGUUAUAAGUAAAAAUGUAAUUGUAAACAAAAUAGAUCACAUAAACAACACGACGAAGAAAUCUAAAAUACGUAUCAAUGAAUAUUUUCCAGUUGAAAAUAUCAUUUCAUCAGCGUGGUCCAAAGACGGUCUGCCAGACGAUGAUAUAUAUUACAACAUGAAUAUAGACUUAAUUCUUAAAAAGGUUACAUUAGAAAAUAAAUGGAGCAACACAAAACUGAAGACAGUAGAAAUACAAUUCGGCUUAAAGAAUCCAGGAUACGUUGAAAUAGAACCGGGAGAAACAAUAACUACGAAAUUAACAGCUAGAAAAACUACAGCUCUAUACAAAAUAACCUACAAAGCGCAACUGACGGGUUCCAUUAUUGCAAAUUUCGCGCAUGAAUACGGCAAAUAUCAUUUUUACGCGCCAAAAAUAUCCGAUAUAAUGAAAGCCAACAGACUAAAUAACGAAAUUAUAACGACUGAAGUUAUUGAAAUUAAAUGCUACACGGAUCCAAGGAUGGAUGUUUUUGAUAAGAAAACUGGCAAGCGAAUGAUUAUUAAGGCCUUAGUACUUGGCGCAUCAAUAACUGUCGGUAUCUUCGUAUUCCAUGUAGCAGUCGUGCCUUUAAUAUUCAAAUACUCAAAAACAUUUAGACGACAUCUUAUAUUCGCUAAUUUUGCGCAAUGGCCUCUAAAUGUCAAUUAUGAUAACCCAACCGAAAGCGGCAUAGAGGGAGCGAGGAACUUUUAUAUUGAAUACGAAUCAAAAGUAGAUAAAUGUCCUAUGAAAAUAGGUGUAUGGCAUAUACUACCAAAAAGUUCAUAUGAGAGAAUCAAAGGUAGUUUUGAACGUGGUGACAAUGAAGAACUCAAUCGAGCAAUGGAUGAAGAUAUUAUUAACUCAAAACAACCUGUUGUAUUAUAUUGUCAUGGUAAUUCAAACAGCAGAGCGGCCUACCACAGGAUACAAUUGUACAAAUUCUUCCAAAAAAUGGAUUUUCAUACUAUAGCAUUUGAUUACAGAGGCUACGGUGAUUCAACUAACGUGAUGCCGACUGAAGACGGCGUGGUGGAAGAUUCUCUAAUCGUGUUUGAUUGGUUGAACACAACCUUAGAGCCGGCCAAGGAACGACCGCCUGUCUUUGUAUGGGGACAUUCACUUGGUACUGGAAUAUCAUCACAUUUGCUCGGUAACUUGAAAGAAUUAUCCAAGAAUAUUCUAGAAAAAGCUGAACCAUUGAAACUACCAAAUGGUUUAAUAUUGGAGUCACCAUUCAAUAAUUUGGCUGACGAAGUCAAUCACCAUCCAUUGGCAAUUUUGGUAUCCUGGUUGCCGUACUUCAAAGAGAUGUUUGUAUCACCAUUCAUUGGAUGUCCGUGUCAUUCAUUCCGUUCUGAUGAUCAUUUAUCACGACAGAGGUCGCUGCCUGUAUUAGUACUACACGCAAGAGAUGAUUUAGUUGUGCCUCAUAUAGUCGGAGAAAAGUUGUACCAGUCAAUAGUUAAGUCUCGUGCUAACGGCGGGGCGACCAUUAAACUACAUUCCUACGACAAGAAUCAAAGUCUUGGACACAAGUGGAUCUGUACCGCUAAAGAUCUACCACAAGUUGUCGGAGCUAUUCUUGUAACGGGCGCGUCACUAACGGCCAGUGUACUAGUCUUACAAGUGGCUGUAUUGCCUCUUCUUUUUAGAUAUAGCAAGUCCGUACAAAGAAAAAUGGUGUUUUCUAAUUGCAGCGUUUGGCACAUUGUACCUUGUUCUUUAUUCCGGGAGCUGUUCGUAGUUCAUGACUACCUCUCAAUAGAUCAGCGUCUUUUAAACGAGCUCAGGAGAACCAAAAACACAGUAGUGUUGUAUUGUCAUGGUAAUUCCAACCACAGAGCGUCCCCACACCGCCUCCAGAUGUACAAGGUGUUCCAGGACCUGAAUUUCCACGUGAUCACGUUUGAUUACAGAGGUUACGGUGACUCGACCCGCGUCCGUCCCACAGAAAGUGGAGUGGUGGAAGAUGCUCUACAAGUUUAUUCCUGGAUCAUUAACAACAUACAGAAGAAUGAACAACCCAUGGUCGUAUUGUGGGGACAUUCACUGGGAACAGCCAUAGCUGCUAACCUGGUCUCCAAUUUGUCAACUCUGUGUAAUUCGCGCGGCGUCUGUCUCCCUCCUCCUCACGCGCUAGUCCUUGAAGCUCCCUUCAAUAAUCUCCUCGAUGAAAUCGAAUGCCAUCCAUUUUCGAAGCUCGUCUCCUGGCUGCCGUACUUCCGAGGCUCGUUCGUGAAGCCCUUCAUGUCAUCAGAGCACACCUUCACUACUGACUGCUAUCUGUCCCGCGUUCCUUCAAUGCCGAUACUAAUGUUACACUCAAGAGGAGACAGGAUCGUGCCUUACGAUCUCGCCUGUAAGCUUCACGAGUGUAUAUCUGCGUCCCGGUCGACCGGCGGGGCGCCGCUAGUGUUUCAUUCAUUUGACCGUGGUCAUAAUGACCUCUGUGAAGCUCCCGAACUACCCGCUGUUGUUGAGAGCUUUUUGGAACUCGUCAAGAAGAAGUGA